GGGCAGGAAAGGCGGCGAGGCCGGAUCCGCCUGCGCCGCACGGAGCGCGCCCGCCCGCCGGUUGUGUAAGCCCCGGGGCCGCUGCAGCCAGCCAGCCAGCCAGCCGCCGCCCCGGACCAUGGUCUGCGGGAGAGGAGGCGCCGCCGCGCUGCUCUUCCUGGCCCUCCGCUCGGGUCUGCCUCAGUUUCGGGUCGCCUUCCUCCAUACGGAAUUCUCCGGAAGGCCCUCCAAGGUGGUCUCUCAGGCCAACAUGAAGGUGGAGAUCCUCCCGGCGCUGACGGACAACUACAUGUACCUCAUCAUCGAUGAAGAAACCAAGCAGGCGGCCAUUGUUGACCCGGUGCAGCCCCAGAAGGUUCUGGAUGCGGUCAGGAAACACGGCGUGAAGCUCACCACCGUGCUAACCACCCAUCAUCACUG